AUGGUGGCCACACCCUCACCUCCUCCAGCCAAUCAGAGCCCAGAUUCAGCCAGCCUGCAGAACCGCCCAUGGGGAGGACCAGAGCUCCCCCUGGAGGAGGAAGAACCGCACAGCGAGAGGCAGAAACAGCCUUCAGCGUCAGUUGUGACGUCAGUAGCCCAAGAGGGCGAUGAGGAAAAAUCAGUCAUCCAUUCAUUUCCACCUCUCCCCUCCAAACCCAAGACUUCCUCACCUCCUCUUCCUCCUGUGAGCCAGGAACCUCCUCCUGCCGCCCCCCUCGAAUCCUUCUCUUCCUCGCACUCCUCAGAAGAGAGCAGCUCUAGUUCUAGUGUGACAGUCACGGAGACACAGAUGCCAGCCAGACACAUCUCAGAGGGAGAGCUGCUGCUCACUAACAGCCAGAUGGAGGCAGUCAGAGGUACACGAUUGGUCCAACACACACUCACACAGCCAGACUGAUCCAAAACCACACUGGCUGCAGAAGCAGCUGCCAUCUAAGGGCAA